AUGGCUUCUCAUCCUCCCGCUCGCUGCUGCACUCUGGGAACGCUCCAUGAGGGUGAACCCAAGGGCAAAAUCAUCAAGAUUGACAACACCAUCGAGGCCUACGUCGCCACCCCAGCCGAGAAGACGGCCCGCAAGGAUGUCGGCAUCCUGUACCUGCCCGACGUAAUCAGCAUUUGGCAGAACAGCAAGCUCAUGGCCGAUUCGUUUGCCGAGCGCGGAUACCUGACGGUCGUGAUUGACCUCUUCAACGGCGACCCUGUGUCGCUCAACCCUCCCAAGGGCUUCGAUUUUGGCAAGUGGCUGGCGCACGGCAGCAACGGCGACAACCCGCACACCAAGGAGACCAUCGAUCCGAUUGUCGAAAAGGCGAUCCAGGCCCUGCGAGAGAUGGGCGUCAAGCACAUUGGCGCGGUGGGCUAUUGUUUCGGUGCCAAGUACGUCGUCCGCCACUACAAGGACGGUAUCGAGGUCGGCUACGCGGCGCACCCGUCUUUUGUCGACGAGGACGAGCUCGCCGCCAUCACCGGCCCCUUUGCCAUAUCCGCCGCCGAGACCGACUCCAUUUUCCCGGCGGACAAGCGCCACAAGUCGGAGGAGAUUCUUGCCAAGACCGGGCAGCCUUACCAGAUCAACCUCUUUUCCGCUACCGAGCACGGCUUCGCGGUCCGCGGCGACUUGAGCAAGAAGCAGCAAAAGUUUGCCAAGGAGCAGGCAUUUUUGCAGGCGGUCACCUGGUUCGACACGUACCUGGGCUGA